AUGAAGAUUGGGUUCGCCGCGACACGUUUCGACGCCUCACUAUUUGUCCUCAAGCGCGGUUCCACCAAGCCGUUGUUACUUCUCUAUGUUGAUGACAUAGUGUUGACAGCCUCCGAUGGCACACUCCUUCACGACAUCAUCCAACAACUUCAUGACACGUUCACAAUCAAAGACCUGGGCCAACUGCACUACUUCCUGGGCAUCAAGGUUCGAUGCACCUCCGCUGGUUCCUUUUUGUCACAACAGAAGUAUGCAGAGGAAGACCUCAAGCGCGCAGGCAUGACAACGUGCAAGGCGGUGUCCACUCCAGUUGGCACAUCCUUCAAGCUUGUUGUAGAUGGAGGACGACCAAUCGACGACCAGUCUGACUACCGUAGCCUCACCGGCGCAUUACAAUACCUCACCUUGACGCGGUCGGACCUCGCUUACGCCGUGCAACAGAUACAUGUCUCGCCAUCGCUUGAUGUAUGUGCAUACUCUGAUGCCGACUGGGCAAGAUGCCCGGACACGUGA